UAAUAUAUUAACCGAAGCGUUGCUCAUGUCUCCAAAGAGCAGUUUCCAGAAGCUGGACAAACUUCCAACAUCCUGGAAGACUUUUCACAUCCACGAGGCUGCGCGUAAAAGCUGCUGGAGCUUCAAAACUAAACCGAAGCGGGAGAAAGACAGAAAAAACUAAAGAGCCGACAUCCUGCUACAACUGCUGGGCUUUAAAAAGAAAAGAAAAGAAAAAAAGAAGAGAAACUGAAGAGUUUCUCUUCAAGAAGAAAGAACAUUUCAGCGGAACAACUCUCCCCAAAGAUGAGCGGUUUCUGAGCGACCCUCCGAGGAAGUUCUUCCAUCGCCGCCAACUCUCCCACAAGACCCGCAGACAAAGAAAGAGUCGAGUCUGAGCGCUGCCAUGGACUCGGGGAAGCAAAUAACGUUCUCGUUGAUGAUGAGCGUUGGGGCGGCUGUGAUUGGUUCGCUGCAGUUCGGCUACAACACAGGUGUCAUCAAUGCCCCUCAAAAAAUUAUUGAGCAAUUCAUCAAUGACACGUGGCGGGACCGCUAUACGGAAGAGAUCUCUCAAGGCUCCCUCACAGCUAUCUGGUCCAUCUCUGUCUCUAUCUUCUCUGUGGGUGGCAUCUUUGGCUCGUUCUCUGUCGGACUCUUUGUCAACCGCCUGGGAAGGAGGAACUCCAUGCUCAUGGCCAACGUCCUGGCCUUCAUCGGAGCCAUUCUGAUGGGUUUUUCCAAGAUGGCAAGCUCCUGGGAAAUGCUCAUCAUCGGCCGGUUUGUGAUUGGCCUCUACUCCGGCCUCUCCACGGGCUUCGUGCCCAUGUACGUGGGUGAGGUUUCCCCAACAUCCCUGCGAGGAGCCCUGGGCACUCUGCAUCAGCUGGGCAUCGUCGUUGGCAUCCUCGUCGCACAGGUGUUUGGAUUGGAGGUGAUCAUGGGCAACGCCGACUUGUGGCCGUUACUCUUAGGCUUCACAUUCAUCCCUGCCGUGAUACAGUGCAUCCUGCUGCCUCUCUGCCCCGAGAGCCCCAGAUUCCUGCUCAUCAACAAGAACGAAGAGAACAAGGCCAAGACUGUGCUGAAGAAGCUCAGGGGAACCACAGACGUGAGCGCCGACAUGCAGGAGAUGAAGGAGGAGAGCCGGCAGAUGAUGAGGGAGAAGAAGGUGACCAUCGUGGAGCUUUUCCGCUCACCGCUCUACCGUCAGCCCCUCAUGAUUGCUGUCAUCCUGCAGCUCUCCCAGCAGCUGUCUGGCAUCAAUGCUGUGUUCUACUACUCUACUCGUAUCUUUGAAAAAGCUGGAGUUCAACAGCCCGUCUAUGCCACCAUCGGAGCCGGUGCAGUUAACACAGCUUUCACCGUGGUGUCGCUGUUUGUCGUAGAACGUGCAGGACGCAGGUCUUUGCACCUCCUGGGGCUGCUGGGAAUGGCUGGAGCUGCCGUCCUCAUGACUAUCGCCUUGGCUCUGCUGGAACAGUUCAAAUGGAUGUCUUAUUUGAGCAUUGUGGCGAUUUUCGCAUUUGUUGCGUUCUUCGAGAUUGGACCGGGUCCCAUUCCCUGGUUCAUCGUGGCAGAACUGUUCUCACAGGGACCCAGGCCUUCAGCCAUCGCUGUGGCUGGUUUUUCAAACUGGACUGCCAACUUCAUCGUGGGAAUGGGUUUCCAGUACAUAGAGGAAUUGUGUGGUGCCUAUGUGUUUGUCAUCUUCACUGUGCUGCUGCUCGUGUUCUUCGUCUUCACCUACUUCAAAGUGCCAGAGACCAAGGGCCGGACGUUCGACGAGAUUGCAGCUGGCUUCCGCCAGACAGCGGCCACGGGGGGAGAAAAGCACUCGCCAGAGGAGCUCAACAGCCUGGGAGCCGAUUCUCAGCUCUGAGCGACUGUUUCUAAACUUUCUAACAAAAAACUCUUUCUCAGACCGAGGGCGAACGAGGAGGGUCUGCUGACUAGACAUAGACAGAUCCACCAGUAGAAUAAUUUUCACACUGUCACCACAUUUCGGUCGUCAUCACCAAACACAGAACAGACUUGUGUGGUUCUCCAACAUGACGUCUUCUGCUGCUCCUCUCAUGUCACACGAAGAAAACAAGAACUCGAUGGGCACUGUGUCGCCUGGCAAACGUGGAGAGGGGAGUUGAGGAUAGAUGGGGAAGGUUUAUAAUAUUUUAAAGAUAUUUUUAAAGAAGGAAAAGGAGUGUCUGCAUCAAUCAACCAACCAACCCUUUUUUAAUACCUUUUUUUCACUGAAUAUGUUACUGUUAUGUGCUUAUACUCUGUUCUUUGUGGCCUGUUACCGUACAGGGACGUUGUCAUUAUCUGGUUAAGGAGCGCUGUAGCUGUAGAAAAACGUUCACUGUACAAAAAUACUUUUUGAAAAAAAAACUGAUCAUACUGUAAUGCUGUAUUACUGUAGACUUUAGCACUGUAGAUGCUGCACAGCUUCACUAUGUCUCUCUCCACCAGGUGGGGCACUGCCUUUAAAAAAGGACCUUUUGCUCCACUGAAAAGAAAUAAGUUAUAUAUGUUCCUUUGUCUGAGAAAGUUGCUCAGUACACAAACUGUGAUAUGUUGUUGUAAUGGGAUGAGGAUUUGAAUGAAACUUGUUAGAUCAACUCUCCACAAAUUAUACAUAUUUGUUACUUAUUUUAUCCUUUUAUUAUUGUUUUUUUGUUUUUGCUAGAAAAGACAUGCUGAAUACUGAAAAUGACUUUUUUUCAUCAUAUUUUCGGACAUAAAAACACAACCAUAUCCAGAUGGCAUAUAGAGAAAUCCAUUCUUCAUUCCUGUAUUUUGACACCAUUCCUUUUUAGCAGUACAACAGUUGAAGUUGAAUCGGGGAACUGCAUCUGCACAGAUCAGUACCAGAGCGCUGAACUCGGCAGUGAAGUCGAUUAAAUAAAUCAUCCAUCCAUUUUACCAUGACAUGAGCUAAAGACACACUCACAAUAAGAAGCCACGAAACCAAAUAUCUGUCUCACAAAGAAAAAAAACAAAAGGAAAAUCGGAACAUUUUUAAGUUUCAGUGCCCGUCUUAAAACAAUCACGCCUCCUGAGCCUUUGAGCCUUAUCGCUUUGGAACAGUUUCAGGUCAGAACAGGCUGAUCUAGACGGAAAGCGUCUGUCACUGGAGGAUCUUCUCUUCUCUGAGUAUUUCUCGGUUGAGAUUACCUUCGGAGCCACUAGAGUCUGUUGAAGUGACUGGUCUGGGUCUUUUCACACAAUCGGGAACGGCUGUUUUUCUGUGACUAGCACAAAGCAUCUUCAGAAAAAUUAAAAUAAAUAAAUAAAUAAAAAGAAGAAGACAUAAUGUGGACCAAGAUGAAUGUCAGCCUUUUGGAAUGUUUUCAAUAAUCCUGAAAGUGCUUAUUGCCCAUCUGGGGUCAAACACCCGGCUGGCCUUACACUGCGUAUGUGUCCUAGGAAGUAGAAAGUUGUUGCUGCGGUGCAAGGCUUGUUUUGGUUUGGGGUUUUUUUUUUGUUUUUUUUUUUGCCUUAAGUACUAAACUCUGCAGUAUUGUGUCUUUUCCUCUUGGCCGUGAACAGUACUCCAAAUUGGUGAAGGAACCCAUCACUUCCCCUGGCUGCAAAUCGCUGUCAAUCACUGCUGUAUCACUUGUUGAACCUGUCUUCUCUUUAAAUGUUUGAGGAACGUUAUCAUUUUAGCAGCACUUUAUUAUUCACGGUGAUAUUUCUUUGAAACAAACACUGAGCUUGAUCCAGUCAUUUUCUUUUUUUUUUUUUUGCUCACGGUGUGGAAUUUUUGUUACAAAAGAGAGACUGAAGUACUGCUGACGAAUUGCUUGAUGUUUUUGAAACGGAAAUGUGUGAAUUUGUUUGUAUCCAUUGCAGCAAGACACGGACGUUUUGCGCGCAUGCACCGGCCAACUGUGAGUUAAUACGGUGAUAUUCGUAGUCAGAUGAAGACAUCGAUCCACAUCCAACCCAGCAGACAAAAACCUUUUAAUCAUUCCAUAAUUGGGUGUCAGUUGUUGUAUAUGAUAGAUCUUUCUAGUACAUCAUUUGUCAUUGGAUGGGUGACCUUGUCCAUCCUGGAAAGCGCUCUAACAUCCACUCUCUGUGCCUUUCACAUAUCCUCACCAGCAAAAUCAUGUAAUUGCACCAAAAGAUGCACUUCCCCCCCUCAUGCUGAUGUCUACUGCAUAUAUAACUGUUUUAUACACAUAGAUUCACAAAUCUGCUUGGGCAUUGAAUUUUAAUGUAGCCUGUGGCCAUGGGUUUGCGGUCUAAAUACUUCAGAUGAUGUAAAUAUGUAACGCACUUCAGCGUCACCCACUCCAAAUUUAUAUAAUGUUGAACUUUUUGCAGUCUUUUUUUUUGUUUUUUUUUUGAUAGAUAAAUUAUUAGUACUGUAGUGCUGUACAUCUCCUUGCAUUUAGAUUCCUCACUGCCUUCUCCUCCCUGUUGAUUUGUUACCUGAAGAUGUUGUUGUGGCCUAAUAAUAACUAUAAUAAUUUUAUUUCAGAUUUUACAUGUAAGGAUUGCGUUUAGUAGCGUUUUCAUUUUAGUUCACAGAGCAUAUUCUAAUAUUUGUAAUAAUAAAAAACGUCUGUGUGUAUGAUGUUGGAAUGUUCCUCUGUUGGGGAAACUUAAAUUGUGAUGGAUGGUGCCGUAAAUGAUUUAAUGGCUGAAUAAAAGAAAUCGUGCAUACAGAUUUGAAGGUU